AUGAGUCCGAAGCUCGGAGAAGUUCGGAGCCGGCAAUUUGUCGAAGCCCUCCACCGAGAAGGCACGAGGUUCUACCAUCAAGGCCAUUACGAGUCAGCAAUGAUCUUGUACAACAAGGCAGAAAAGCUUCGUCCAUGGGAUAAGAGACACAACAUGGCGUCCAGUAAAGCGAUAGAAGCGAUAAACUCCUCCAUCAAUCCACCCCCUGGUAUAAAAAAGCUCUUGUCUCUCCCCAACCUCGAAAUACCACUGGCAGCCAUCCUGAGCCCCGAAACUGCGGCAUCGGUAUUCGAAAAGAUCUUAAAAGACAACCCCUCGGCCGCGACGAUCGAGAAACUUCUCAGAUACUUGGACGGUCGCAAAGACUUUUGGAGGUUAGGUUCGCCAGCCGCGGGUUUGGGUACCUCAGAAGUUACGAUUAAACGAAUUACGAGACUGGCCCUUAACAUGACGAGGGAUCUGGAGAGAUCACUUGCCAGAGGUAAACUCGAUUUAACCUUCCACGUCGCGCAGGAACUUGCCAAGAUGGCGGACGCUUUUCUAGAGCCUCAUCGGUACCACGUGAUCGCUUAUAAUUUCAUAACUUUAGCUUCCGUAGCGCAGGGUCGCCACGAUCGAGCGGUCGACAGCGUUACGAAGAUGAUUAUUUCGGCAAGAAAGUCGCGGAAACUCGUGCUGAAGACCCAGGCUUUGGUAACUUUGGGCAUAGUGCAUCUCACGUUCGGCCAUCUUGACGCGGCGGCGAAAGCGUGGGAGAGUCUCGUAAACAAGAUGGCGGACUCGGUACCAAGGGCGUGGACGUGGCACGAGAUCGGCCGUAGCUACUUGGAGACUGGGAAGUAUUCCAAAGCCCUGGAAGCAUCCUCUAGGUGUCUAGAAUCAGCGACAACAGCGGGCACCAGGAAAUGGCUACUCCACGGGAAACUGCUAAGAGGCCAGGCACUGGUCAAGUUGGGAAGAUUCGGAGAAGCAAUGGAGACGCUAAACUCGUCCGCGAGGAUCACGGAAAAAGAGGGCGACGGUGUAAUGUUGGUUUACAUUAAAGAGCUACUAGGGGAGGUUGGUAAGGCCUUGAGAAAGUCCCAAUUAAAGCCUAUAAAUAGGGAUUUGUCGGGCCAGGGCGCGCGUGGCCUGCGGCAAGGUACAGAUUUUGAUAAAAAAGGGAAUGAACAGGAUUCAGGACAACUUCUGUUGCUUCGUAAGGAAGGAAGGAAGAGUUUGGAAGCUAAGGGAACGAUUUAUCGGGUGAAUUCCACGAAGGGGAUGCAAAACGACGAGUUUAAUAGAAGCGGCAGGAUUUCUACCGGGAAAUCCAAGAUGGCGGCGCACGGAAGACCGCAAGAGGUGGAGAGUUCUUUCGCAGAGUCGAUAUUCGAAGAAACAGACAAACGCUUCCCUAUGAGUAUCUCGGCACGCUCGAUACGAAAUGUAAGAGAGGGGGAAUAUGAAUUGGGGACGUCCAGAACUCAAAUAAUUCGGAGAGAUAUUAUGAAUCUUUGCUAA